AAUAACGUUCAAAACACAAACUCCUGGCUACAUGGAAUGAUGAAGCCUCCAUAUAGAUCUGAAUGAAAACGCCUUGACAACAAAUUUUGAGGUCAUUCUAAAGUAAACUUUCACGCAUAAUAUUACCGGAUACGUUUAGUGAUAACCAAAACUCUGGCUCAAAAUUGUUGUUUGCUGAAGAGUGCUAAUCAAUAUUUCUGCACACCAAAAUGGUUAUUUCCAUGGAAAGAUGGCAUGGUAAGGUGGCUGUGGUAACAGGAGCAAGUGCUGGGAUUGGUGCAUCAAUAGCUGAGCAUUUAGUUAAGCAUGGAAUGAAGGUUGUCGGACUUGCAAGAAGGGUGGAACUCAUCGAAGAAAAUGCGAAGAAAUUAAUAGGGGAAAAGGGGGAAUUGCAUGGUAUAAAAACCGAUAUGACCAAGCCAGAAGAAAUUACGAAUGCUUUCAAAAUGAUAGAGGAUCAAUAUGGUCCAAUUCACGUGCUAGUCAAUAAUGCUGGAACUAUCGAAUUCACUUCGUUGAGCGAUGGAGAGGUGGAGGACUGGAAGAAGACUUUUGACCUCAACGUUAUAGGUCUAUGUGUUGCAACUAGAGAUGCAGUCAGGAGUAUGAAGAACAGCAACAUUGAUGGACAUAUAAUUCACAUCAACAGCAUCAGUGGACACUACCCAGUGCAGUGUGCAGGAGUUAACGUAUAUUCAGCCACCAAAUAUGCAGUGACUGCAUUAACUAACGAUUUGAGAGUAGAAUUAGUCGAGGCUGGCACUAAAAUCAAAGUGACAAGUAUCAGCCCUGAUUUGACGGUGACAGAUUUGGCCAGACGUUUCCAUACCGACAUCGAUAACAUGGCGGCUCUGAAGGCUGAAGACAUCGCGGAAGCCUGCGUUUACGUACUGUCAACUCCUCCACACGUCCAGGUCCAUGAGAUGAUGAUUCGACCAGUUGGUUCCCGAUUUUGAUGCUCUUUUCUUCAAAUAAACAUUGAUUUAGAGGUA